AUGGGCGCGUCGACAAUGAGGACAGCCAAGACCACCACCGGCGUGUACUCUGAAGCUUCAAGGCCAAGGCUGAGCCCUGGAAGCCCGAGGACAACUGCGGCUCUCCGCGAGCCCAAGGACAGCCCCGGCUCGUUCUGGUCGCACACAAUGUACAAGCGCGCCGCCGACGGCGCCACGCACAACGUCAAAGUGCACUACUGCACCAGCAGGCACACCAUGCAGCACGUCUGCCAGCGGUACUUUGCCGACGAACCCGUUCUCGGCUUCGACCUCGAGUGGCUGGCGUACGCGCGGCGCGGCGACGGCCCGCGCGCCAACGUCUCCCUCAUCCAGAUUGCCAGCCCCAGCCGCAUCGGCCUCUUCCACGUCGCCCUGUUCCCCCGCGACAACGACGACGGCGACCUCGUGGCGCCCGCCUUUCGCGCGCUCGUCGAGGACCCGGCAGUCCUCAAAGUCGGCGUCCACAUCCAGGCCGAUUGCACGCGGCUGCGCACGUUUCUUGGCGUCGCGGCGAGAGGCGUCCUGGAACUGAGCCACCUGUACAAGCUGGUCAAAUACGCGCGGGACGCGCAGAGGCGGAAGCUCAUCAACAAGGUGCCGGUGGCGCUGGCGACGCAGGUGCAGGAGGUGUUGAAGCUGCCCCUGUUCAAGGGCCAGUCGGUACGGAGUAGCAACUGGUCCAUUCCGUUGACUUCCAAGCAGCUCACUUAUUCUGCCGCUGAUGCCUAUGCUGGCCUUCAGCUGUAUCAUGUCUUGGAAGAGCGACGACUUGCCAUGGAUCCUCCACCAGAGCCGCCUCGUUACGCCGAGCUAGGGUUUCCCAUUCCCAUACCAAGUACGCCUGUUGUUUCUGAUAUCGAGUCUGAUGUCGAUUCGGACCCAGAAUCUGUCGAGGAUGCGGGUUCGGAGUGCAGCGAUGGCUCCAUCGAGGCUGCAAUGCAGGAGCUGGCCAGCGCAGGGACGUUGCCCACGACGACGCAGUCUACUCCCGCGCUUACUGCGCAGGCCCCAACGUCGGUGCGCGAUGCACGAGUAAAAGCGGCCGAGGCCGAGCUAGCCCAACUACGCGCUGCCCAUCCCGGUCGCCGCUUGCGGGCGACGCCUUCGUCGCUGCGCGCGUUUUACGUGUGGCAGGCCAAUGACGACCUGACGCCGGCCGAUGUCGCCCGUCUGCUUCGCGAUCCGCCGCUGCAGACGAGCACGGUCCUGGGCUAUAUUAUGGAUGCCAUACUCGCGGAAAAGCUCGCCUUUCCCAAACAAAGGCUACAGACUCAAGUCUUGUCGCUCCUGCAUCCCACCCUAGCAAACGGCAAAUAUCGUGCUGUUGUGAAGCAGUGCGAGCAGGCACAAACAUAA